AUGGAUUUCGUUGCUGGAGCCAUCGGAGGCGUCUGCGGUGUUGCUGUGGGUUACCCCCUGGACACAGUGAAGGUCAAGAUCCAGACGGAGCCCAAGUACACAGGCAUCUGGCACUGCGUCCGGGACACGUACCUGCGUGAGCGGGUGAGGGGCUUUUACAGGGGCCUCUUGCUGCCCAUAAGCACGGUGUCGCUGGUCUCGUCGCUGUCUUUCGGCACCUACCACCAGUGCCUCACACGCAUCUGCCGGUUCCGGUAUGGCAGCGCCGACGCCAAGCCCGCCAGGACCGACAUCACGCUCUCGGGUUUCGCCUCCGGCCUUGUCCGUGUGUUCCUGACCUCGCCGACCGAGGUGGCCAAGGUCCGCCUGCAGACGCAGAAACAGACGCAGACCCAGACGCAGCUGCAGCAGAGACGGAGGUCCUCGGCCUCGUGGCCCUCGGCGGUGCCCCCCGUGUGCCCUGCUCCUCCUGCCAGUCAGGUGCCCGGGCCCAAGUACCGGGGGCCGCUGCACUGCCUGGCCACGGUGGCCCGGGAGGAGGGGCUGCGGGGCCUGUACAAGGGCAGCUCGGCCCUGCUCUUGCGGGAGGGCCACUCCUUCGCCACCUACUUCCUCUCCUACUCCAUCCUCAGCGAGUGGCUCACCCCUGCCGGCCACAGCCAGCCAGAUGUGUUGGGCGUGCUGCUGGCCGGUGGCUGCGCGGGGGUCCUGGCCUGGGCCGUGGCCACCCCCAUGGACGUGAUCAAGACUCGCCUGCAGGUGGACGGGCAGGGCCAGCAGCGCUACCGGGGCCUCCUGCACUGCGUGGUGACCAGCGUGCGGGAGGAGGGGCCGCGGGUCCUCUUCAAGGGGCUGACGCUCAACUGCUGCCGCGCCUUCCCCGUCAACAUGGUGGUCUUCGUGUCCUACGAGGCCGCGCUGCGGCUCAGCCGGGGGCUGCUCAAGUAG